GAGGACAAGGGCGGAGCCCGGCCUGGCUGAGCCCAGGUCGCAGUGGCUCGAGUCUCGGACUUGGUGGAGGUAGCAGCUGCAGCGACAUGGCCCUCGCCUCUGAGGACAAGGUGUACCACAGCUCAGAUGCUGCCUACAGAGCCUCAAGCAACCCUCAUGAGGCUGACCGGGAAGCUUUGCUGGGGAAAGUACUAGACUACCCAGCCCCUGGCCUGCAGAGGCCGGAGGAUCGGUUCAAUGGCGCCUACAUCAUCUUCUUCAGCCUGGGGAUUGGGGGCCUGUUGCCCUGGAAUUUUUUUGUCACUGCCAAGGAAUACUGGGCAUUCAAACUCCGCAACUGUUCCAACCUGGCCUCGGGAGAGGACUCCGAGGACACAGACAUCCUGAACUACUUUGAGAGCUACCUGGCGAUUGCCUCCACUGUGCCUUCCGUACUGUGCCUUGUGGCCAACUUCCUGCUUGUCAACAGGGUCCAGGUGCAUGUCCGUGUUCUGGCCUCACUGUCCGUCUCAUUGGCCAUCUUCGUGGUUAUGAUUGUGCUGGUAAAGGUGGACACUUCCUCCUGGACCCGAGGCUUCUUCAGCGUCACCAUCGCAUGCAUGGCCAUUGUCAGCAGCGCCUCCACCAUCUUCAAUAGCAGCAUGUAUGGUCUGACAGGCUCCUUCCCCAUACGCAAUGCCCAGGCGCUGAUAGCAGGAGGAGCCAUGGGAGGGACAGUCAGUGCUGUGGCCUCGUUGGUGGACCUGGCAGCAUCCAGUGACGUGCAGAACAGUGCCCUAGCCUUCUUCCUCACGGCAGCUAUCUUCCUUGGGCUCUGCAUGGGGCUCUACCUACUGUUGUACCGGCUGGAAUAUGCCAGGUACUACAUGAGGCCAGUUGCCCCAGCCCAUGUGUUUUCUGGUGAAGACAACCUAUCACAGGACACUCCCAGCAGCACCUCAGUGGCCAUGCCAUCCCUUGGACCCAUCCUGAAGAAGACAGCUAGCCUCGGGUUCUGUGCUGCUUUCCUUUACUUUGUCACCACCCUCAUCUUUCCUGCCAUCUCCACCAACAUCCAGUCCAUGCAUAAGGACACCGGCUCUCCAUGGACCUCCAAGUUCUUCGUGCCUCUCACCGUCUUCCUCCUUUUCAACUUUGCUGACCUCUGCGGCCGACAGGUCACAGCCUGGAUCCAGGUGCCAGGUCCUAGGAGCAAGGUGCUCCUAGCACUGACACUCUUGCGUAUCUGCUUUGUGCCCCUCUUCCUGCUCUGUAACUACCAGCCACGCUCACACCUGACUGUGGUGCUUUUCCAGUCCGACAUCUACCCUGUGCUCUUGAUCUGCCUCUUUGGGUUCAGUAAUGGCUACCUCAGUACUCUGGUGCUUAUGUAUGGGCCCAAGAUCGUACCCCGGGAACUGGCUGAGGCUACUGGCGUCGUGAUGUUGUUCUGCGCAACUGUGGGCUUGAUGCUGGGCUCAGCCUGCGCAGCCCUGCUUGAACAUUUAAUUUAGGAGGGGCAGCAAGGAUGCAGGUACCGUGUGAGGCUCGGGCUCUUGGGAGAUGCACAGGGUGAGCCGAGGUCUAAGAUGGUAUCGAGCAAGGGCCUAGUGUUUCGUCUGGUGCAGAGCAGAACCCACUCUGGCUGCCUUUCUCUCAAACUGCUUGUACAUCUUUUGCAAGGAGACAUUCCAGACACAGCCUAGCACAGUGGCUCGUACCUGCGAUCCCGGUGUUCAGGAGUCUGAGCCGGAGGACUGCUGUGAGUUUGAGGCCAGCCUGGCUACAUAGUGAAAUCCUACCUCCAAAAAUUAAGCUAAAGCAAAAACCCUGAGACAUUUCCUAACACUUCAAACACCUCCAGAGCCCUUUGAAGGGUGCGGUUGUUGCUGAGAUAUAGCUUGGUUGGUAGCGUGCUUGUUUAGCACUCAUAAAGGCCUGACUCCCAUCCCUAGCAUAGCAUAGUGAAAGCCUGCAAUCCUAUCGCUUGAGAGGUUGAAGCAGGAGGACCAGAAGUUCAAGGUCAUCCUCAGCU